AACUAGGAUUGCAAGUUGAUGCAUUAGUUGUCAUCAUGCGAGCAGUCUUUGUGUUGUUGGCUAUCAGCCUAACUGCGGUUACUGCUGUCCCUGCAAAGCAAUCAGUAAUUGUUGGAGGGUCGGUGGCCGUCAUCAGCCAGUACCCUAGCGUCGUUGGUUUGUUAUACUCAAGCAAUGGGAAUAACUUUUACGAAGUGUGUGUGGGUACUAUUGUCACAACAAAGUCUAUUCUAACCGCUGCACAUUGUGUAUAUGGUGAUGCAGUUUACAAAUGGCGCGCCCGAGCCGGUUCGAGUUGGGCCAACAGUGGUGGCACUGUGUACGCUCUCAACUCCUUUACCAUCCAUCCUAGCUUCAACUUCCGAACUAUGAACAAUGACAUCGCCAUCUUGCGCACUCCUGUAAUCAUCACUAAUUCUAACGUUGUUAAGCCUGCCUCUAUUGCUGGCGUGAAUUACAAUCUACCCGACAAUCAAGUUGUUUGGGCUGUUGGAUGGGGAACUCCACUCGUUGGUGCAGCCCCGGGUGAGCAGCUUCGUCACAUCCAAGCUUGGACUAUCAACCAGAACACAUGUGCCUCCAGUUAUGCUGCCUUCGGAGCAAAUGUGACUGCGAACAUGUUGUGUUUCGGCUGGCCGAAAGGCGGUGCUCGCGACCAAUGCCAGGGUGACUCCGGUGGCCCAGUCUAUCAUAAUGGCAUUUUGGUCGGGAUUAGUUCAUGGGGUUAUGGUUGCGCUAAUGCUGCCUACCCUGGAGUCAAUACUCGCAUUUCCAAACUGGCUUCAUGGAUUCAAACUAAUGCUUAAUUUAAUGACCUAAAGAUCUGUUUCAAGAUAUAUUUAUUCUUGUUUAUUUGGUGUAAUUUUUUCGUAAGUUAGCAAUUAAUAAAGUUAAGUUUUAAACUAAU